AUGUAGUAAAUUGAUAGACAAUUAAUGGACGAUUUUCAUCAAAAUUUCCUUAAUUUCUUUGCUAAAGUCAAAGGAGUAAUGAAUGUUAGAUUCAAUUAUAUGAGAGAAAAGUUUAAUCUAAAAAUUGAUACUUUUCCUGAUGAUCAAGAAGUGUUCAACAUACAACAAACGAAUAAACUUAAUCUACAAACUUAACCAAAUAAACUCAAAAAAAAUUGGACUGAUGAUGAUAAAAAGGUUCUAAUUUGGUUAGUGGGAAAGUGGUUUACACUAAAUAAAAGAGAUUUAAAAUAAUUAGUAUAAGAUUAUUGUCUAUUCAGAACGAUACUGAUUGGAGUUCCAUUGCGAGUAUGAUGCCUCGUAGAGAUGCAUUCAAAUGUAAGUAGAAGUGGCUAUAAAUGCUUAAACUCCCUUUGUAAUAAGCUCCAUGGACUUUUGAUGAGGAUAAUCUAUUACAAAAGAUAAUAUAAGAUUUCUAAAGUUAAAAUAAGGGUAAUAAAUGGAGUCAAAUUGCCACAGCUCUCAAUAAAGCAAACGAUCAGUAAGUCCAUAGAAAUGGUAAAUAAUGUAGAGAAAGAUGGAAUAAUCAUCUCAACCCUAAUAUAAAUAGGUAACGUUUUCAAAUUUAAAAGAAUAGAAAUCCUUGGUAAUUAAGUGAAGAUUUAGAUCUAAUGUGUUAGGCUAAAGAAAUAGGAAAAAAAUGGGCAUUGAUAUCUAAAAAACUUAAAGUUGCAAGAAGUGAGAACAAUGUUAAAAAUCGAUUUAAUUGUCUACUAAGAAAAGAAAAAUGUCAUAAAUCUGGGUAGAAUUUGUGAACUAUUAAAAGGAAAAAAGAUGAGGAUGAAAAUUAAUCAGAGGAAUCAUCAAUUUCGAACUUGGCUUAAACUGAAGAAUUAACUCAUGAAGAAAUUAAGCUUAUUAACAUAAUCAUUAAGAAAAUUGAAUGGCGUAUUCAAUAGAGUGAUAACAUCUAAUAAAAGGAAUAAAAUGAUGAAGUCAAAGAAGAACAUUAAGAUAUAGUUAAGAAAGUGAGAAUAGAAUCACAAGGGACAUUUUAUAAGGAUUUUAAGUAAAAGAUUUCAAAUUUUAAGAACAUUGAAAAAUUAUAAUUGCAAGUAAAGGAAUCUUAACUUAAUGAUGAUGAAGUAGCUACUCUUACACCAUGUCUUAUUAAUAAGGAAAACAAUCAAAUUUAUUUUGCCUCACCAGAAUAACUUUAUAUUUAUCUGACUAAAUCUACAGAGACAAAUUAAGUAGGUAUUUAAUAAGAAAAUUAUUUAUCUAAUCCAAAUAGUUUAGGUUCUGUUAUGUAUGAUCCUAAGUUUUUUCGAUCUAUUGUUAUGCUUCAAUCUAAUGAAAUCCAUUAAUAAUAAAGUGGAAUCUACAAUCAAAGAUCUUUUGUGAAUUAGAAUCACAUGGGAAACUUUUAAAGUCUAAAUAGUAUUCCAUAUUCAGUUGCAUUGUCCCCUUAUCCUUCAUAAGUUAAUCUAGCAAAUUAAUUAUAAAAAUGA